AUGAAGUCUCCUCCUAGCUCUGACACCGACUCUGACAAUGGGUCGGCCCGCGACACUGAUAGCUAUGGCUCCGAACCUGGCUCAGAGCCGAGCGUCCCGGGCUCAGACUGGGAUAACACGCAGCCAGGCACCCCCAUUGACCCUCAGCAGCCCGCGCACAUCGCGCUUUACUCCCCUGGCCACUCAUUUGAAGAACGCGACCACUUGAUUCUCCCCAGGUCACUGCUUCAUGAUGCCGAAGGCUCUCAGCCGUCCCUAGUACCGAUGUCUACAGGACCUAGUAAAUCCCUGUCCGCCGGCCUCCCCGGCGGUAUUCCCCCCAAGUUCUGGGACCUGUUGAACAGCGGAGACCUCAAGCAAGGAGAGUAUUACAGGCUGCGGGAACACUUCUACGAGAUCCGGAAGCUUCAGUUGGAGUGGGAGCAAGCCGGCUGCAAGGGCUUCGAUAUCACAGUCGGCAUGAAUGAGCGGUCGUAUGCCCUUCUGCAGCAGAAGCUCGAUCAGAGUUGGGAAUGGUCGCUCGGCGACGAGGGAGAGCAUGAUCAUUGGGUGGCGUUCCUGCGGUGCACACAACUCGACUUCUGGCCGACGCUAGGCAAGGCAGUGGCAAUCGCACCGACUUUUGAGGAAGAGUUGACCUACCUGAUCACCAAUCACUUCGCCGAGAUGUUCCGCAUGAGUGAACCCGAGCCUUUGGCGUCUACUGCGAGAACGUCCGCCAGGAGCAUCAUCAAGACUCCCGAUGUCUAUUUCAGCUCUAGGUACAACACGGUGUACAAGGAAGCCAUCCAGGGUAAUAGCCAGCCCGCCUCAACACCGUUCUUAUGCUUAGUCGCUCAGACCGUCGAAGAAUUCAUUUACAACGUCAAGAAGAUGGUGUCCAUUGUGGAGUCGAAGGCUCUGCAUGCACUGCAAGGAUUUAUCUUGGUGUUGGUCAAGCAGGCGGAUGGUGUCGUUGGUGCUGACAGGAUAUAUCACGCUAACUCCUUGCGCCACCUCAUGUUUAACCUGCACACAAAGCACGGCUUCGGCGACCCAAAGACUCCUCCACAAAUGGAAUGCGGCGUCCUGUUCUACGGAUGUCAGCAGUUUCCUGACUUCCUGGUGCUUGCGAAGCAAGCAUCUACGAUGCAGCACUGGGAGAAGGGCAAUUUCAUGUGGUUUACGGGGGCACGCAAAGGGCCGCAGGCCGUUCCCAGCGCCGCAUGGGAACUGUUCGAGGCGUUCGUACACUCAACAGUGGCCACGUACGCCGCAUACGUCAAGGCUACAGGUUGCUACCGCGUCCCCCCAUCUCCGACGCAGUUCCCACGCAAUUGGAGAACACAUACCGCGACUCGCUAG